AUGGAGAGAAAAUAUAUCACACACCAGAAGGUUCACAAUGGAGGGAAGUCAUAUCAUUGUUCUAAAUGUGACAAAACUUUUACACGCAAGGGACACCUUAUAGUACACCAAAGAGUUCACACUGGAGAGAAGCCAUAUCAGUGUUCUGAAUGUGAUAAAGCUUUUACAGUGAAGUCAAAUCUUAUCAGACACCAGAUUGUUCACACUGGAGAGAAGUCAUCUCAGUGUUCUGAAUGUGAUAAAGCUUUUACACAGAAGUCAGAUCUUAUCAGACACCAGAGGAUUCACACUGGAGAGAAGUCAUAUCAGUGUUCUGAAUGUGAUAAAGCUUUUAAGAAGCCAUAUCAGUGUUCUGAAUGUGGCAAAACCUUUACAACCAAGAGGAAGCUUAAAAUACACCUGAGCAUUCACACUGGAGAGAAGCCAUAUCAGUGUUCUAAAUGUGAUAAAGCUUUUACUCAGAAGUCAAAUCUUAUCAGACACCAGAUGAUUCACACUGGAGAGAAGCCAUAUCAGUGUUCUGAAUGUGAUAAAACUUUUACACAGAAGUCAGAUCUUAUCACACACCAGAUGAUUCACACUGGAGAGAAGCCAUAUAAGUGUUCUAACUGUGAUAAAGCUUUUAAACAUAAGUCACAUCUUAUCAUACACCAGAGGAUUCACACUGGAGAGAAGCCAUAUCAGUGUUCUGAAUGUGAUAAAGCUUUUACAGUGAAGUCAAAUCUUAUCAGACACCAGAGGAUUUCACACUGGAGAGAAGCCAUAUCAGUGUUCUGA